AUGGAGUGGCUUGGACACGCAGAACUCAACUUCACUCAUGCGCCUUCACCACGAAAGGUGCAAGAGAAAGAUGGCAAUGCCACCGAUCUCUUAUCCAUCUGCGAAAAGGCAACACCGCCAUGCCGGCUGAACCCACUGCUCUUCAAUGGCCAUCUGCAGACGAUGUGGACAGCGACCAAACCUGCUGGACCAAAGAUUUACUAUAAGCGCAAGAUUUUCGACGCUGACCACAAGAUCUACCAUGGAACGUUCGCCGUGGACUUUGCUGUUGAGCCUUUUGAGGCCCCUGAGGACCCUUCAUUGUCUCGACGAACGGCUUACUUCACUCCAGAAGAGUUCGAUCAUAUCGGGUCAGACGACUGCAAGCCCAUGCUUGUGGUUCUGCAUGGUCUUUCAGGUGGUUCUCACGAGAUCUACCUUCGACAUACUAUUGCGCCAUUGAUUGGCGAGGGCGGCUGGGAAGUCUGCGUGGUUAACUCGCGAGGUUGUGCGCGCAGCAAGAUCACCAGUGGUGUCUUGUACAACGCCCGAGCGACAUGGGAUAUUCGUCAGUCUAACACAAACUACUGUGGCGAGGAGGGCCCCAGCUGUGUCCUCAAGGGAGCAGUUGUAUGCAGCAACCCAUUCAAUCUAGACGUCUCCAGCAAGAUCCUACAGAACAGCUACAUCGGCAAAGAAGUUUAUCUUCGAGUCAUGGGCAGUGCUCUGAAAGAACUCGCUGCCACGCAUAGAACCGAGUUGGAAAAGUACAGCAAAAUCGAUGUUGAGGCCGUGAUGAACAUCACGUAUCUGUAUGAGUUUGAUCGCCUUAUCCAGUGCCCUUCUUGGGGGUAUCCGACGGAGAGUGCAUACUACCGCGAUGCUUCAUCAGUGGAUUCCAUACUUUCCAUUGAGAUUCCUUUCCUGGCUGUCCACUCAACUGAUGAUCCGAUUGCCGUCAAGGAAGCUAUUCCAUAUGAAGAAUUCAAACAGAACCCCAACACUGUCCUUCUCACCUCUAGCCUGGGAGGACAUCUGUGUUGGUUUGAAACCUCGGGCGGUCGGUGGUUUACAAAACCUGUUGCCAAUUUCUUAAACCAUCUUGCUUUCAAGGCCGAUCUCGAUGAUCUCAGGCCUCUCGUUAACCCCAACAACAAUGAUCAUUUAGCUGACGGACAUGGCUAUAUCCCUAUGCGACGUAAGCUAGUCAUUGUGGAAGACUAA